GUAGACGGCUAUAGAUAGACGAGGAACAUUUGCUUUUGAAACUGGAAAGUAUACAGACGCGUAUAGAGAAAUUAUACCGAUCGAACCAAAGUUGACUUUUUAUAUAAUUUUUUUAGUUUUGCAACCUAUUUUGAAAAUCUAUGCCAAGUGCGUGAUUUUUGCGAUUGUAAUUUAAAAAAAGAACUACCUAUUUAGAAAACUUUAUUGAUUUAAUAAUAAACAUAGUAAGGGAAGGAGUGUUAAGUGUUAAGUUUUGUGUUUUUUAAAGUGAAAAGAUGUCGUUAAUUACUACCAAAAAGAUGACCGGAGACAGCGUUGAUAUGAAGGAAUUGGCCGCUAGAAUUUGUCGUGAUUACUUACAUGGAGCUUGGAAGUCCGUCACAGCCCAAACAAUUGGAUUUAAACACAUUAGUGGUGGUCUAUCCAACUUGCUGUACCACAUAUCUCUACCGGAACACGUAAUAGAACAAGGGAAAUGCAAGAGCGAACCCAAAGAAGUCCUAAUAAGAGUAUACGGUCAAACCCACGGUGAAAAGGAGAAGGCUCUGGAAGCACUGAUAACGGACAGCGUAAUUUUCACGCUUCUUUCCGAACGUGGCCUUGGACCUAAACUGCACGGGAUCUUCCCAGGAGGAAGAAUAGAACAGUACAUCAACGCAAGACCUCUCAAGACCAAAGAGCUAGCAGACGAAAAACUAUCAACGCAAAUCGCCCAAAAAAUGGCCACUAUUCAUUCGAUGGAGGUGCCUCUGCAUAAAUCGCCAAGAUGGCUGUGGGACACCAUCAACCGUUGGUUAAAAAUCUGCGACACAAAACUAACAGAGUUGCCGGAUUUCGUGCAAGACGUUGUCAAGUCUACCAACCUUCAGGAAGAAGCCGUAUGGCUGAAACAAAGACUGGAAGCCGAAAAAUCGCCCGUAUUGUUCUGUCACAACGACAUGCAAGAAGGAAAUAUUUUGAUGAGCCAGGAUUCCGAUAAAGAAAACAAUAACGAACCCAAUAUUGUUAUUAUAGACUUCGAAUAUUGCUCGUACAACUACAGGUCGUUCGACAUUGCCAACCAUUUCGUGGAAUGGAUCUACGACUACACCAAAUCCGAAUAUCCUUGCUACACGGAAAAUUCUGAAAACUACCCCUCAGAAAAACAAAGGCUAAGGUUCAUCAAGACGUACCUAAACGAGAGGGGGUGCAAAGACAGCCCCAAAAAAGUCCUCAGAGAGGUUGAAGUUUUCACUUUGGCAUCCCACUUCUUCUGGACUCUUUGGGCCUUUAUCAAUGUCAAUACCUCGCAAAUUCCAUUUGGAUAUAGCGAAUAUGGGGUAAGCAGGUUCACCAACUACCUCCAAUUAAAACAAAAACUUACAAACCAACAAGUAAAGAGAAAAGUCGAUACACUGGGAUGAGAUUUUUACUAAAAAAAAACUUAAAAAACAUGACUGUGACCUAACGGCGGCAAAUGUGAUAUUAGCUAACAUUAAGAUAUUACCAAAAUACGGGAUUUUUCACUAAUAGUAGAACUGUCAAAAGUGACAUCUGUCAAAAUAUCGUGACGUAACAAUAUGGCGCACUUUUAUUAUUUAUUGAAAAAACCUUGUAUAAUGUAUAUUGAAGGUUAGUUAACUUAAAAUGACUUGUUAUCAUCCAGUUUGUACAAAAAACAACAGGAUGCCUUUUUGGAUACAUUCCCUAAAAACAAAAAUCUCGACUAUUUAAAUCACCCUGUAUAUCAAAAUCACACAAAGCUACCAAAAAUCAGUAUUUUACAACUUGAAAUCGACUUUAAAAAAUCUCUUAUAAUAAUAUAAUAAAAACCAAUGUUAAAUAUUAAUUUAUUAGAAUUUUAUAACUUUUAUGUUUACCUCUUUAUUAAUAUUAAUGUACUUAAAUUUGAGACUGAUUUUUAUAAGUCAAAAAAUUUAUUUGCAUUCCUUAAACCCCGUUAAUUUAAGUUAUUUUAUUAUUAUUUUACUUGUAAAUAAAUGUAUGUAAUAUUUUUAAUUAGUUGUUAAGUGUAUAUAUUUAUUAUUUUUAGGAUAAAUUAAUAAAGUUAAU